AUGCCAUCCCUCAAUCGCCCAAAUGCUCCAGACCGUCUUCCAAGCUCUGAUUUCGGCAACCUUUUUGGUAGACCUCGCGCGGUUCGCGGCUCAGAUUUUGCUAGCCCGACCAGUACUCCUUCCCCAUUGACCACUCCAAGCAACUACAUUGCUGCGCAGCGUCGAGCGCUCCGAAGCUCCGAAAGUGCAAAUUCGAAUCCGACCUCAAACACACCAUUGGCGUCUCCGUCUCCUUUUGUUGCGCGCCAACAGCCGAAACAAGCAGAGAGGCGAAGCUACCAUUCGGAUGUCAGUGCCACAUCGCCUCGAGAAACCAGCAACGUUUCUUCGCCCUCUAGCGAAGUCCCCCUCAUCAUCGAAGAAGGGCCUGCCCCACCAAGAAAUAGAACUGCCUCUGAAUUAUCAUCAAUUAGCUUGCGAACGCGAAGGCUUCUGGGCUUACCCGAUACUCGCAUCACUCCCGGUGCUGGAAGCGAGCAGCCCCCAAGCAAAGCAAGAAGUGGCUUCAAAUGGAAGCGCGAGUUCUCAGGCCGUUGGCUUGAGAUUCGAAUCGGGCGCCGGGAACAGUCCGCUGAGUAUUCAGUGCAAGCCUCUGGGGAAGCAACUCCUGUUCCCUUAGGCCAGCGCUCAGCAAUCACUCUUCCUCUCAGCCGAGGUUCGACAAGUACAGGUCUUGAUGGCCGUGAUCGGUCAUUCAAUGCAGCAAGCGAGCAACGCCUGCUACCUGAAAGCCGGGAUUCCUUGCAUUAUGCUACCCUCACACCCAAAGAAGGUCUCUACUGCCGGACAAAGCGCGCCUUGGGCCUCAAGCACGGCCCUACAGACCCUGACAUCUCUGAAUCCCAAGCGAGAAGCUCUACAGACAAUCUACUCGACCGAGUCUCAAGUACACUGCGGUUUUUGCCGGAUAGAAGGACGCCCUCGCCAGGCUCAACAAACAGCGUCAGUAACCUGUCCAUCGCCGCUCCACGCUGGCAACGCAUCGUGAGCCGCCACGGCAAAGUAGGACUUUCCACUUCCAGUUCCAUUCGCGGAAUGCUGAUGGGGAGACCACCAAUCCACACCCCAGAACCCGAAGCGAUGUACACAGGCUCCGACUCCAACAAAUACGUCGCCGUAGACCUGACGGAAGAGGGCGUGGCCUUCCUACCCUCCGAAGCCCACAGGAUCCACACACCGCCACUGCCGACCGACGCAAGGAGUGCCGGCAUCGGAAAAGCGAGAGGCUUCUUCUUCGACUACAACGCACCACCCACCCCAGGCUUCCCCGAUCCACCGGCGGAGGCAAACGCACGAGUGGGCGGGCCGCGCAGGGAUAGCGAUUGGUACAGGGUCAAGAUGCAUGCCAUCGAAGCGGACUCGAUAACUCGGGAGCAGCUUGCAGUCAGCGUGCCGGAGCAUUUGCCAAACAGUCCGUUGUGUCCGAGGCAUCCGAAGCACAAAUCUGGUGGGACAGGCGAGUGUCCAUACCAUGGGCGGAACCCGUCUUUGCCAAAAGAAACCGAUGCAUCAAUUCCAAAACUCUCACCGUCUGAGCAUUGGUGGUAG